ACGUUGAAUGGAGAGGAGCCCAUCUCUCUCAUUCUUCUGACUCUCUCGAGACGCUCUUUCUCGUGCCAUUUUGUACUUUGUUUCCUUCACGUUCUUCGAUCCUUCUUCCUCUGCAAUCAGAUUGCCGCAAUCUGUAUAUUUGUGUAGGAUUCGGCUUAUCUGGUAUGUAGCUGGUCAUACUGUUGAGAGUUAAAAGACGGUAAAAAACAAUGGCUUCUAGAGCGCUCCUCCGAAGGAGGACGUACAUAUUCCGUUCCAUAAAUGAACAAGUACACUCGAUCCAAUGCCUCUCAACCAUCCAGCGGGAAGGAGUGCAAGGAUAUGCAUCAGUAAGGAGACCGAAUUCAGAUUCCAGCCAUCCAUCCAGAAAGCCUGAUUGCCGAGAUGGGGAAUUGUUUUCUGCUCCCAAGAGUAAAGAAUCAGCCCCAUCAGUGGCGGGGUUCCGCAGGAGUAGAUUACUCCAGUCUCCAAAUUUUAGUCAUGGAGUUGGAAGAUUGGAAUUCUUUUACCCCUUGAGUUAUAGAUGGAUUGUUAAAUCAAUGUACUCUUCUAUGGCAACAGCCAGCAAACCUGAUCCAGGGAAAGAUAGUGACAAAAAGGCACAGCAACCUACUUCACAAGCCAAAGAGGCUUCUCCUGAGGAGUGUGACCAAGCGGUCGAGGGAUUAAGUUUGGCUAAAGCUAAAGCUAAAGCAAUGAAAAUGGAAGAAUCCCAAAAGACUGAUAAAUCCAUAAUGCAACGUGUAUGGUCUGUGCUUAUGGGAAUAGGUCCUGCUUUGAGAGCUAUUGCCUCAAUGAGCAGGGAAGAUUGGGCGAAGAAGCUUCGCCAUUGGAAGGAUGAAUUUAAAUCUACCAUGCAACACUACUGGUUAGGCACAAAGUUGCUUUGGGCUGAUAUCAGGAUCAGUGUAAGGCUACUUGUGAAACUUGCCAAUGGAAAAGGUCUUUCGAGGAGGGAAAGGCAGCAACUCACUCGGACAACUGCCGAUAUUUUUAGACUAGUUCCGGUUGCUGUAUUCAUCAUUGUUCCAUUCAUGGAGUUUUUGUUACCAGUGUUCCUAAAGUUAUUUCCAAAUAUGCUGCCAUCAACUUUCCAGGACAAGAUGAAAGAAGAGGAGGAACUGAAAAGAAGACUUAAUGCAAGAAUGGAAUAUGCAAAGUUUCUCCAGGAUACUGUGAAAGAAAUGGCAAAGGAAGUCCAGACCUCGCGUAGUGGUGAAGCUAAAAAGACAGCAGAAGAUUUGGAUGAAUUUCUGAACAAGGUCAGAAGAGGAGUCCGUGUUUCAAAUGAAGAAAUUUUAGGCUUUGCAAAGCUAUUCAAUGAUGAGCUCACGUUGGAUAACAUUAACAGGCCUCGCUUGGUAAAUAUGUGCAAAUACAUGGGUAUUAGUCCAUAUGGGACUGAUGCAUAUUUACGUUAUAUGCUUCGGAAAAGAUUGCAAGAGAUCAAGAAAGAUGACAAGAUGAUCCAGAUAGAAGGAGUGGAAUCUCUCUCAGAAGCUGAACUUCGUCAAGCUUGCAGAGAGAGAGGAAUGAUUGAACUUGGCCCAGUGGACGAAACGAGGCAGCAGUUGCGUGACUGGCUGGAUUUGUCUCUUAACCAUUCAGUACCAUCAUCUCUCUUAAUUCUUUCGAGAGCUUUCUCUGUGGCUGGGAAACUUAAGCCAGAAGAGGCUGUACAGGCUACCCUCUCAUCUUUGCCAGAUGAGGUUGUGGAUACUGUCGGUGUGACAGCUCUGCCAUCGGAAGAUUCUGUUUCGGAAAGAAAGAGGAAGCUUGAAUUCCUAGAAAUGCAAGAAGAAUUGAUCAAGGAGGAGGAGGAAGAGGAAGAGGAGGAAAUGGCCAAGAUCAAGAUGAAAGAGUCUGCUUCUAGCCAAAAGGAUAUAGCUCUGGAUGAGAUGAUGGCUGCCACUGCUAAGGAUGCCAAGGAACAAGCAACGGCAAAAACUCUGGAGAAACAUGAGCAGCUUUGCGAGCUCAGUCGUGCAUUGGCGGUCUUGGCUUCUGCAUCUUCCGUGAGCAUGGAGCGUGAAGAGUUCCUAAAACUUGUAAAAAAAGAGAUGGAUCUUUACAAUAGCAUGGUAGAGAAAGGUGGAACCGAUGGUGAGGAAGAAGCAUGGCAGGCGUACUUAGCCGCUAGAGAAGAUAGUGAUAGAAGCGCUCAGAAAGCCAUCAGCGACAAAGCAUCUUCUGCACUCUUAGACAGGGUAGAAACAAUGCUUCAAAAACUCGAAAAGGAAAUAGAUCAUGUUGAUAACAAGAUUGGCAACCGCUGGAGACUGCUUGACCGAGAUUAUGAUGGAAAAGUCACUCAGGAGGAGGUGGCAUCGGCGGCUAUGUACCUUAAAGACACUUUGGGGAAAGAGGGUAUCCAAGAACUCCUCGACAAUCUUUCUAAAGAUAGAGAGGGGAAGAUACUUGUGGAAGAUCUUGUGAAGUUAGCAAGCGAGACAGAAGAUGUGGAAGAAGCUGAUGAUGAGCCGUCGUCGUCUGAGCCACACAAGUCACCGUAGCUUUCCUUUUUUAUGACAUUUCCCCUUUCGAUAUUAUCACACCUUCCAUUACAAGUAUUUCACUUACCGUUGCGAGAUAUGUAUCUCCGAUUACAAGUUUAGAAAAUAAAAUAUAAUGCCUUCGUAUAGUUGAAAUAUAUCAAAAUAAGGGUCUUCAAAACUUA